UGAAAAUGAGCAAAUUAUUCGAGAUUUUCGAGCAAAUCGAUUUGAUUACGUGUUAACAAAUCUAGCAAAUAAUGUUUCCAUUGAUGAAAAAUAUUCCAUUUUCGUUGAUAAAUUCUGUUUCGGGAAAAAUUUAUCAAAUAAAUGCCAACAGAACAGCAUGGUCAAUAGCAAGAAAAGUGAUUGAAGAAAAUCUUCAACAAAUUCAUCAAGAUGGUACAUGGAAAAAUGAACGUAUCAUAACAACAGCACAAGAUGUACAUAUACAAGUGAAUAAUGAUAAGAAAAAAAUUAUAAAUUUUUGUGCAAAUAAUUACCUGGGACUUUCUAACCAUCCGGAAGUAAUUGAAGCCGGUCGAAAAGCAUUAAAAGAUUAUGGUGCUGGUCUAAGUUCGGUAAGAUUUAUUUGUGGUACACAAGAUAUUCAUAAAGAAUUGGAAACGAAAAUUGCCAAAUUUCAUUGUCGUGAUGAUGCUAUUUUGUAUGCAAGCUGUUUUGACGCAAAUGCCGGUUUGUUCGAAGCUAUUUUAACAUCAGAGGAUGCUAUUAUUUCCGAUCAAUUAAAUCAUGCAUCAAUUAUUGAUGGUAUUCGUUUGAGUCGAGCACAAAAAUUUCGUUUUGAACAUCGAAAUAUGAUUGAAUUGGAAAAAAUUUUAUCAGAAAUUUAUUCCAAAUCAAGAAUACGUAUGAUUGUUACUGAUGGUGUAUUCAGUAUGGAUGGAAAUGUUGCUAAUUUACCGAAAAUUGUUGAAUUAGCCAGAAAAUAUGAUUCAAUAAUAUUUAUUGAUGAAUGUCAUGCAACAGGAUUUUUUGGUAAAACUGGUCGUGGUACAGCUGAAUAUUUUGGCUUAAAAGAAAACGAUAUUCAUAUUAUUAAUUCAACGCUUGGAAAAGCAUUAGGUGGUGCAUCAGGUGGUUAUACAACCGGUCCAAAAGAAUUAAUCGAUUUGCUUCGGCAAAAAUCACGACCAUAUUUAUUUUCAAAUUCAUUACCACCACCAAUUGUUGCGCAAGCUAUAAAAGUAUUCGAUUUAUUGACUAAAGAUUCAUCAUUGGUUGAAAAAGUUGAUGAAAAUACCCGAUUGUUUCGUCAAUCAAUGAAAGAAUUUGGGUUUAAUAUUUUGGGUGAUAAUCAUCCAAUUUGUCCGGUAUAUGUUGGUGAAGCACGUUUAGCAACAUCAAUUUCCGAUGCAAUUUUCAAUCAAUAUGGUAUCUAUGUUGUUGGAUUUAGUUUUCCUGUUGUGCCGAAAAAUCGAGCAAGAAUCCGAGUGCAAAUGUCAGCAGCACAUUCAACCGAUGAUGUUAAACAUUUAAUCGAUGCAUUUGUUAAUGUUGGCCGACAAUUUAAACUUAUUGAAUGAAUUUUUUUUUAUUUAUUUCAAAAGUAAAAUAAUAAUAAUGAAAAAAA